UGCUGCUGCGUAGCGCGGGCGACGAAAUUUUCACGGCUGGAUUGGUUGAGGACCGCUAAACAAACCACCAGGGGGAUGAAACGCUAGACGAUCAAUGGCGGAAGCAUCGUUUCAGAAACAAACGGCUCGGGUUAAAACUUUUAACCGACACAAAUCGUCGUCUUCGGCGUGUCCGGCAUGGCUGCACCGUCCUCGUUGCUGCUUGCCUUCAAAGCAAAGAUUGAAGAGUCGGUAGCACUGGUUCCUGACAUGGGGGCCGAAGAAAAGUUGAAAGCAGUUCAGUUCUGGAAUGUGGUUUCGGAGAGGCUGCAACAGAUUGUGAAUGACAGCGCCGCCGACAUCAACGCAUUGGCACUCAACAUGCAUGGCGAGGACAUCAAUGUGGCUUCACUUCACGAUGAACAAGAAUCGCAAGCAAAAAUGGCACAGCCUUACAUUGAAGCACAUGGAUAUAGAUCGGAAAACCUUUACACAGAAGCCGUCGAGGAGUUUGAUGUCACAGCCGCGUCAGAAGGCCACCAGCAGGAGCUUCUGGCAUUGUCCGCCGAGCUCGAGCAAGUCGGUUCGUCGCAGCCUUCUACGCAGGGCAACUUCAACGGCGUCCCUCUGGAACAGGGAAGCCUCGACGUGUCAGAAAGGUCACUUUCCAAGGACUCGACAGUGCUGCUUAUUUCAACCCAGGCAGAGGACUGCCCAGCAGAUGCCACAUUUGAUGUCGCACAUCAGCAGAGUCACGAUCCCGGAGUUUUAUCGCAGCACGAGUACGGCCCAAACAGCAGUCUGGUCCUUCAGAUGCCAGCAAAGUCGGUGAACCUAGUACAGAACAAGGACAACUCCGAGCAAUGGCAGUCCUGUUCGGAAUAUGCUGCCAAGCCGAAGGUUCAGAGGAAACGACGUCCUUCGACGAGGAAAGCGAAUGCAAAGAGCUCUGCUAAAAGAGGCACCACUCCAGGUGGCAAGAAGGCUAUGGGAGUGUCAGCUGCUACCGAUCAGAGGCCUUCUGGCACAGCAUCAGAUAUUCAGUUGGAAAGCACUCAGGGUGUCGAAACGACCGAAGUGAUUGUGGUCCAGACCCGGAAAAAGCCUAAGAAGUCCAAAGAGGAAAAGGACAGGCAGUGCAAGGUCUGUCUAAAGGAGCUGCCCAACAAUUCUUCACUGACAACCCACAUGUGGACCCACGAACGGCCAUUUGCCUGUGCAGAAUGCAACGCUCGUUUCUCCACAAAAAACAACCUAGUUGUUCACCAAAGGACCCACUCCGGCGAAAAGCCGUAUGCGUGUAACGAAUGCAAUGCCAGCUUCUCAACACGAGGCAACCUCAAGCGGCACGUGAAAACACACACGGGCGUCAAGCCCUGGAAGUGCAGCCACUGCGAGCAGUGCUUCACAGAGAAGAAGACCUUGGUUGCUCACAUGCGGCGGCACACUGGCGAGAAGCCUUACCAGUGCGAGGUGUGCCAGCGGCGCUUUGCGCAGUCGGGUGUCCUCCGCAUGCACAUGGCCGUACACUUGGGCCAGAAGUCGCACCUGUGCGAGCACUGCGGCAAAGCAUUCCGGCAGCGCUCACAACUGCACCUGCACAUGCAGCGGCAUCAGGGGCUGCGCCGUUACUCCUGCAACAUCUGCCCCUCAAAGUUCCUCACCAAGGCUGACAUGCUGCGUCACGAACGGACACACACGGGGGAACGCCCUUAUGUGUGCAGCCUCUGUGGAAAGAAAUUCACCCGGCAGCAGUCGCUCAACGAGCACACUAACCGUCACUACGGCAUCAAGCCUUUCGAGUGCAAGUACUGUGACAAGACAUUUGCCGAGAUGUCAGCGUGUUAUAAGCAUAUUAAGCUUCACUCCAAGACUGAGAAUGGGGAGAACAAUGAAGGUGCUCUGGGGGCCGUGAAAACGACGGAGACCCGCAUUCCACCGCUCCCUGAGACUGCUUUGCAGAUUGCAGGAAGCAUGCAGUCAGCAACUUCAACUGCUGAAUCUGGUAGGAUAGUGCCAAUAGUAACAUCCGAGGCUGGAAACGGGCACAUGGCACUAAAGGGCCCUGAAACCGUGGUUUCGCACGAGGCCGCCAUGUCUGGAACGACGCAUGCAACUGGUGUGGGCCGCCCAGCCGAGUUCUCUGCCAUGGAUUUGUUAGCUACUGCUUCAGGCUUCUAGGCCUGGCGUUUAAAGAGAAUGUUGUGUGACUGCUUUGGUGUGUAUAUAUGUGUGUGUGUAUGCUUGCGUGCCUCAAGGACAUUUGUUUUUACUUACGAGACACUCGGUGAGUUGAAAGUUAGACACAUGUACUAAUUGGCUGAGCCGAUUUGAUGUAUAUUAGUUUUGUAUAUGUAUUAGUUUUGUUUUGUUAAACACAAUUUGCUAUGUAGAAUGGUGGCCUGCUUGUGAUAUCUGCUUGCAUCCAUGCCAAGAAACAUAUGAGUUGCUUUAUAUGUUCCAGCUUAUCGUAGCUUACAUUAGUAGUCGAAUCAUUGCGAUGAGCAUGCAAACCAUGGAAGAAAACACAAAGAACAGGAGUAGAAUCUCAUAAGUGUUUGGUCAUGGUCCAGUUUUUCAGUGUUUACCUUCAGCUUGCAUGAUGGGCCAGAAGCUGCGUUUUCGACGAUGACAUCUGCCUUGUGGCAAAGCACGCAAGCGGAAACUGAGCGUUCGAAAACCAAAUAGUGACUGAACAUUCCACCCUGGAGGAGAAGCACCGCCCAUGAAAUGAUUGCUAUUUAGUCGGAAAAUUUUGUUCAAUAUAAAUUCAAAGAUCUAGAGAGAAAUUAAGGCAAUCCUCGGUAAGUUCGUGCGAAUGGAUUUAUAUGUGAUCAGGCUAUCACUGAACUCUUCGUUUCACAUCUUGGGAGCAUUAUUAAUGCCUGGUUGAUGCAUGUGUUCCCGUAUUUGACUAUGUUAUUCUAUGCUCAACACUUAUCUCACAUGUGCGUUACCUGCCAUGUUGGCACGAUGAUUAUGUCAUUCUCCUGCUGAGAUCAAGGUCGCGGGUUCAAUUCCUGCCCUGAUGAUGGCAUUUCAAUACAGCCAAAUGGAAAAACACUCGUGUGGUUAUAUAUUAAGUACACAUGAAAGAAACACUAGCGGUAACACAUUACACGAAGCCCUCCACUAAGGCAUCUCUCCACGUCAGUGUUGGUUUGGAAAGCCAUGGAAGUAAGCAUUCGAUUUCCUGUGCACCAAUCACAAUGCCUCAUGACUGAUAUCGUGCUGCCAAAAAAGGAACACUGGUGGCGGUCACUCGAUAGCCGAGAAGCCCACAUACCUGUCCACUGAUUGCAGCAAAUAACUUCAGUCUUGUCGAUCUCAUCGUACUUGUAUGUUAAUCGAAGUUAGUAUCGCUCUCUUAUCUAUGUAUUAUGUAUGCUCAUUUUUGCAUCCUCACCUGUUGUCUAGUCAGCUGCGUUUAUAUAAUAGCGCUAGUUUGUUUGAGCAUUCCACAUCAUACAUGCACUUAUAGUGCUCGCCAUGUUGGUACUUGUACAGCUUAAUCUUGAUCUAACAAUGCUGAUGGGACCCACAAAUUUUUUCAGUCAUAAUUUAAA